GGAUUUACCAGAGAAAUCGCUUUCUCAACUUUCUACAAUUUUAACGCUUUUCACCAUACGACCAAUUUCGUUUCUCUUAACUGGUCACAUGUCACCAUUCUAUGAGCUUAGUAGAAAAGAUCGAGAAAUUGUCAUGCAAAAAUGGUCGAAAAGUAAUUCAAUCUUUAGAGGUCUUUUUAAAGCCUUUAGCGGUAUGAUACUAUACAUAUUUUGGUCAAGUAAGAAUUCAAGUAUCUUUAAUUCAACAAUUGGAUAUCCUGGACCUGAUCCUCGAAUGGAUAGUCAACUCUUUACUAAUGACUUAAAUAAAUUUCCAAUUUAUGAUUUUAUUCAAGUUCCACCUGAAGGAUUAGAAUUACAAUUUGAUGUAGUGGUGGUUGGUUCAGGAGCGGGAGGAGGUGUAAUGGCAGCUCAAUUGGCAAAAGCUGGAUAUAAAGUUUUAGUGAUCGAGAAAGGAAAAUAUUAUCAUCAGA